CUCGAACUUCCUAACUUCAGCCCGCCCGCCCGCCGACGCUCUAUUCUCCCUUUUCGAUCCCACUCCCUUCGCACAACCUUUCCCUCAAACAAUUCCGUCAUUACCAUUUCACGAUGCCGGAGACCAAUAACUCUUUUGCUGACUUUGUCAAGCAGUCUCGCGACCAGAAGAAGAAGCAAGCUAUCGCGCAGGAAUUCCUAGGGAGCCGAGGGCGCAAAUCCAAUGGCCCUGGUUCCGGACCCAAUACCCGCGAGAAUUCACAGAAACCGAGCUUGCUGAGUCGCAUGAGCAGCAGCAGUGGUGUGUCCAAGUCAAGGUCAUCAUCGGCAAAACCUGCGGCAAACAUCAACGAUAAAUGGCAACAUGAUAUGCACCACAUCAACAACCCACAAGGACCCCCAGCGAGGAGAGAACAGGUCAAGCGGACAGCUUCUGCAUCACAGGUGGACCGUAACACUCGAACAUUCAACAAGUUCCAGUCAACUUUGGAGAGGAAUGCAGAGGCUCCUGGCUUCAGCAUCAAGGGUGUUGCGAACGGAGGACCUACGACCGUCAUUGCUAGCAACUUUGCGCCCGGGACUACUGCUGCAGACAUUGAGGCUGUCAUGCGCGACCAUGCACGGACAGAGACUGGAGGGGAACUUAUCAGCUGCAGAUUGAUAACGGCAAGCCCGACGGUGGUGGUGGAAUUGGUCUGCAGCGACAGGAGCGGCGCCAACAAUGUCAUUGCGACGUUCAAUGGCCAGAAGGCGGAUGGUAGAGAUCUCUACGUCUACGAGAAGAGUGUUCCAAACCAGAGCGCUGCUCGCAGCCGCCCUCCAGCCCGCCAAGGAAAAUCAACAAUGGACAACCUGGAUAUCGACGCCAAUGGUGGUGAACGAGGUGGAAGUUUCCAAGAUGGUAGGUUUGGGUUCAAUGAGGGUGGCCGGAGAGACCCUCCUCGUGGUCCGCGCAGACGAUUUUAGGCACCUUGACCUGAGUAAAGACCUGGGGCGGGCUAAUUUCACACUACAUGGACGCGUUCACUUUCGUUAUAUUAUCUCAAUCCCAAAGAUCAACAAUUCAUGAGCGGAAAUCCAAAAUGACACAGGCGACAUACAGCAGCUCCAUCUGUGGUUCCAUACUUCCUUGUACGAUACGAUACCCUGCAUAAUUCCAUGACCGGGGAAAAGUUGGGCUUUUGCUUAGACCCGGGUGGGGCACCCCUAUUCCAGAUUCCAGAUUCCAGAAUUUCAGAAUGGACAAAAUUCCAAUGAAGUUGUGCAUCAUUCAA